AUGACAGGCGUGAACUUUUUACAGCGGAGUGCUGUGUCCGCCCCGCAAAAAGCCCUUACGACCGAACGCUGCCUUCGCUUCAUGCACAUACCGAAGACAGGGGGCACCAGCAUCGAUGCAGCGAACAUCUAUCUCCCAGCGGGACACCAUGCUUUUGACUCCAUCAUGUUGCAAGCUUUCUUGCGCGCUGAUCCGAAGGAAGUUGACAUGGGCGCGAUGUUCGACCUGGCGCACAGCAGCUCACUGGCAUAUGACAUCUUCUUCGCCACGCAUCCCGGCGCUAUGCGUGAAAUCCCACCUAACGGACCGGAUGCAUGUGAGGAGGUGCACACUCCGCCCCCCCGCAGCGCUGAGAUUCGGCAGUUCUUCCGGGAUCCGAAGUGCACCACGUUCUGUGCCGUGCGCGAGCCCCUCAGCAGAUACAUGGAAGCUUUUAAGAUGUUCUACAACGAGUGCGAUGCGCAGUCUUUGGAGAGUCGCACUUUGGGACUCCUCUCUGAACUCCGCUCGCGCCCAUACAUGAACAACUGCAUGUUCAUCACGCAAGCCGAGUAUGUGUACGGUACAUCUGACGAGACUGGGGCAACCCCGCGAUUCUGUCAGCGCAUCCUGCAUACUGAGAACCUGACAGAAGGCUUUGCUGCAUUGAUGGCCGAGUUUGGACGUGAUGUCAAGCUGCCAGACACACAUUUCAUGGCCAGCUGGACGGACCACUGCAACAUGACGGCUGAUGACCUGACUCCCAGAACGAGAGCCGCUCUUUACGAGCAUUUCAAGGCCAGUGCCCUUGAACGAGCCCUUGUGAAAGGACUCGCCAAGGACUUGCAGCUGAGCUCCCUGCCGAAAGUCCUGCAGAACAAUGUCUGCGUGCCAGCGGGAUGUUCUCAGCAAGACAUAGCGGACAACGUGCUGCCACUUUUUUAUGAGGCAGUACUGUUUCGUCACUGGUCUGCCACCGUAGCCGUCGCGCGGAGCAGGAAUUUGCUGCUGAACGUGGGCCCCUUCGUGAGUAUCCACGAGAUGGGACAUUGGCAGGAUCUCCAGUUGGACUUCGCCAUCCUCGGCGUGGACCACUGUGGGACGACUUCGCUGCAUCGGCACCUUAGCGAGCAUCCGUCAAUCGUGUUCGCAGAAGAGGGUGAGGACUGGUUCUUCUGGAACAAGGCGCGACGGCUUCUCCCGCAUCGCUCGUGGAUCUCCGAUUUUGAGAGUCGAAUGGCCGCGGCAGCUGCCGCCAAGAGGACCUUGACAGGAUCUUCGCCCAGAAUUGGUGGUAUUGUCAAUCCACGCUUCUUCUUCAACGCUCUUCUGCGCAAAGCCCUCUCCCUCAUUCCACAGCUGAAGGUCCUGGUCAUCGUUUGCGACCCACUGGGCCGGCUGGAGCGGCGGUACGCCGACUUCUCCGCCUGUGCUACGCGAGGGAGCGUUGGUCCGGACCAUCCUCCUUGCUCGGAGCAGGUGCAAGAUCUGCUCGAGCACCGGCACGCACAGCUCGACUGGCUUUGGCGCUCAUCCGAGACAGAGCAGCCACUGACGUCAACUUUUCAACUUUUCAGUCACCGUACACUCCUUUUGCAUCGUGACUGGAUGCGCGAUGCACCAGGGCUCUUCUUCCAGGGGGUGGCCAACUUCCUCGGCGUCUCCUGGGAGGAGCUUCCAAGCUUCCGACGAUUCAAUGCAUGGGGCGGUCAUCGGACGGACCUUUGCCGCAACAGGACACUGACUCGGGCCUUGCGCAUAGCGUUGGAGCCAGAGUAUGCCGCUCUUCAGAGGUUCUUGGAGCUUUCCGGCGCUUUGCCCAGUGCCCUGCGCCUACGCCGCUCGCGAUGCGAGGAGGCCACGAGCUACUGA